UUUUCUUUUUUUUUGAUUCUAAGUACAUAUCUCAGUUGAUUGAAAUGCAAUUGUUUGUCCCAGGUUCAUCUGUACCAUCCUUAGUUUCGUUGUCUACUCCAUAAGCAUGAAAGCUCUCUUACGAAACCAAGGUACAAUCUUUCACCAUUAUCACAAAUUCUCUCUCGCAUUCUCACAUGGCGACAAGUUCUCAUCUUCCUCCAACAACAGACCCUUUGAUCAGAAUUCGACACCCAUCUCAUCUAUGGAGGUGGGUAGUCAAGGAAGUUUGCGAAAAUCGGAAUGGGUUAGACAAGGCAUCGAUAGUGUGUGUCAGAUUUUGGAGGGUCGUUCAUGGGGACCUUCUCUGGAAAAUGCACUACCUGUGUUUGAUGAAAUGCCUCACACAGAGUUAGUCAAUGGAGUUUUAAAGAGGCUCAAGGAUUUUGAUCUAGCAAUGAGCUAUUUUCGAUUUGUUGAGACGAAAACCAACAAAGCACAUUGUCCAGAAGCUUAUAAUUCGCUUCUCAUGGUAAUGGGUAGGAGCAAAAAAUUUGAUUGUCUUGAUCAGAUUUUGGAGGAAAUGAGUCUUUCUGGGUUUGGCCCGUCUAACAGUACUUGUUUUGAUUUAGUUGUCAGCUGUGUCAAGUCUCAUAAGCUGCGAGAAGCGUUUGGCUUCAUAGAAUCCAUGAGAAAAUUCAAAUUUCGCCCUGCAUUUUCGGCUUAUACAACUCUGAUUGGUGCUUUGUCUGCAGUUCUUGAACCUGACCUCAUGCUUACUCUAUUUCAUCAGAUGCAAGAGCUAGGCUAUGAAGUGAAUGUGCAAUUGUUCACAACGCUCAUUCGCGUGUUUGCCAAAGAGGGUCGGGUUGAUGCUGCUCUUUCGUUGUUAGAUGAGAUGAAAAGCAACUGCUUUGAUGCAGAUAUUGUCCUCUAUAAUGUUUGUAUUGAUUGCUUUGGGAAAGCGGGUAAGGUGGAUAUGGCUUGGAAAUUCUUUCAUGAGAUGAAAGCGAAUGACCUUAUGCCCGAUGAUGUGACCUAUACAAGCAUGAUAGGGGUUCUUUGGAAAGCUAAUAGGUUGAAUGAAGCUGUGGAGCUGUUUGAGCAGAUGGAACUUAACAGGAAAGUUCCAUGUGCAUAUGCUUAUAACACCAUGAUCAUGGCUUAUGGCUCGGCUGGAAAGUUCGAUGAAGCUUACAAUUUACUUGAGAGACAAAAACUAAAGGGAAGCAUUCCUAGUGUGAUUGCAUAUAAUAGUAUUCUUACAUGUCUUGCGAAGAAUGGUAGGGUAGAUGAGGCUUUAAGGAUAUUUGAGGAGAUGAAGAAAGAUGCAACCCCUAAUCUUUCAACCUAUAAUAUUCUCAUAGGCAUGCUUUGUAAAGCGGGAAAAGUGGAAGAAGCUUUGGUGAUUCAGGAAGCCAUGAAAGGAGCUGGCUUGUUUCCAAAUGUUUUGACCAUGAAUAUAAUGAUUGAUAGGUUGUGUAAGGCUCAAAAACUUGAUGAAGCUUGCUCUAUAUUUGAAGAAAUGGAUCACAAAGUUUGCACCCCAAAUGCAUAUACAUUUAGUUCUCUGAUAGAUGGGUUGGGAAGACAUGGUAGACUAGAUGAUGCCUAUAGGCUUUAUGAACAGAUGUUAGAUUCUGAUCGGGUUCCAGAUGCCAUUGUCUGUACAUCCCUUAUCCGGAACUUUUUUAAGACUGGAAGGAAGGAAGAUGGUCACAAAAUAUACAAAGAAAUGGUCCGUAGGGGUGUUUUUCCUGACCUUACCCUCCUUAAUACUUACAUGGAUUGUGUUUUUAAAGUUGGUGAAACUGAGAAAGGCAGGGCUUUGUUUGAUGAAAUUAAGGCUCGGGGGUUAACCCCGGAUGUGCGGAGCUAUUCUAUAUUAAUACAUGGCCUUAUUAAAGCAGGUUUUGCAAAUGAGACUUACGGGGUGUUCUAUACUAUGAAGGAACAGGGAUGUGUUUUGGAUACCCUUGCUUACAACACUGUUAUUGAUGGAUUCUGCAAAUCGGGUAAGGUGAAUAAAGCUUACCAGCUUUUGGAGGAAAUGAAGGUGAAGGGUCACCAGCCCACUGUGGUUACCUAUGGUUCUGUUAUUGAUGGGCUUGCUAAGAUCGACAGGCUUGAUGAAGCUUACAUGCUUUUUGAAGAAGCAAAAUCUAAAGGUGUGGAACUAAAUGUAGUCGUGUAUAGUAGUCUCAUUGAUGGCUUUGGGAAGGUGGGUAGAAUUGAUGAAGCAUAUCUGAUCAUGGAAGAGUUGAUGCAAAAAGGAUUAACACCUAAUGUAUACACAUGGAAUUGCUUGCUCGAUGCGUUAGUAAAGGCAGAGGAAAUUAAUGAAGCCCUUGUCUGUUUUAAUUCCAUGAAAGACUUGAAAUGCCCACCCAACACUGUAACUUACAGCAUUCUCAUAAAUGGUCUUUGUAGGGUUCGGAAAUUCAAUAAGGCCUUUGUGUUUUGGCAGGAGAUGCAGAAGCAAGGAUUUAAACCCAAUAUGAUCACUUACACAACCAUGAUCUCUGGUCUAGCAAAAGCAGGAAACAUAUUGGAGGCUAAUGGACUCUUCGAAAGAUUCAAGGCAAAUGGGGGUAUACCCGAUGCUGCUUGUUAUAAUACUAUGAUAGAGGGGUUAAGCAUUUCAAAUAGGGCAAUAGAAGCGUACUCACUUUUUGAGGAAACUCGGUUGAAAGGUUGUAAUAUUUAUACUAAAACUUGUGUAGUACUUUUGGAUGCUUUGCAUAAGGCUGAAUGCCUUGAGCAGGCGGCAAUUGUGGGUGCUGUGUUGAGGGAAACUGCAAAGUCUCAGCAUGCUUCAAGAUACUUAUGACAUCAGUGUUGUAAUUCUUGUUGAUCAUUGAUGGAUCAAUAUGCCAUGUUUUGUUUGGUGAAUUGACACAUACAAGCCCAUGUCAUCUUGCCAGAGAAGCAAAUUAUGGGACACAGAGAGGCGGUUCAUAUAUAUUCUUUGCCUUCUCAAUUCUUAAAAACAGUUGAAUUUGCACCCUUCAAAGGUAUUUCCUUAUCUGAUUGGUAAUCAACUACUACAAGUUGAGAAUAUGAAGUACAAAAUUGAAGCUUUGCACACAAUUGUCAGUACAUGCGGAAGGCAUUUAGCUAUAUUUAUAUUGGAAAAUGAUAUUAUACAGAUUUUUCAUAUUGGAAAA